UCGACCCCGGCGAUCUCCUGCAACCCGGCGCGUGCGUCCCCGACCGUCCCCGCGCCUCGCCGGCCGCCGCCAAGGCCUCCCGCCGCCGCUCGGGUCCUAUGCGGGCCUACCUUGGAGCCGCGCCACUCCCGAGCGCCGCCGUUGCCCCAGGAGGUGGGCACCACCUCCUCCUCGGUCUCCGGCACCGGAUCAUUGCCGCCCCGACCUCCCCCGGUCGCCGCCUCGCCGCCGGCAAGCUCCAACCCGAGAGGAAGUCGGCGGGCCCGAUCUCCGCCGCCGCGCCACCGGCUGCUGCCCGCCGCCGGCGAGCACCUCCCCCGGACCUCCCCGACCUGCUGCUCCCAUCACCGGCCGGAGUGCCCGCCGUCCGAUCGCCGGCGGCCAUCCCUAGCUCCCACAGCUCCGGUCCGGUCGCUUCGUCUCCGCCUUCGCGAGACCAUUUCAGCUUUAUACAGUUCAUGUGUAUGCAGUAG